AUGGAGAGAGAUGGAUGGCCGGGGAAUUCAAGGUUCAAGGCUGUGGGAGAGGAGAGAAAAAACGCGGCCGAGGAGAGGCGGAUGGGAUCUGGGAGCAGUACCUGGAUUGGAUUGGAUUGGAUGAGAUUGGGAUUGGGAUGGGACAGGAUUGUGCGGCGCAAGUAUGCACUUGUACCUGCGCCGGUACAGCGGUGCGGCAACCCUCGUCCAUGCUCUGGACCUGAACCUGAACCUGCCAGAAAGCUGCCACGGCUAGGCGGUUUCGGUGCUAGUGAGCCGCUGGCAGCUGUACAACGCCAUGGAAAGAGAACCAAGGAGAUAGUAAAGCCCUCUGGACCGGUGAGCGCUGAAGAAGCAGGCGAAUGCGAAAAGAGGAAAGCAAAGCAAGCAUCAGCAAGCAGGGGCCUAAUAUUGUCCACAAAGCAUCAAGGCCUGGCAGCGGUACAAGCACAGGCACAUGCGAGACGGUGGGGGGGAACUCGCCGACCUCCAUGGCAGAUCAAGGCCCUUUCCCCUGCUCUCUCCACGCUUGGCACAUGUGAAGCUUGGGGGUUGAUGCUUGAGGUGUGUGGCAACACGGCAUUUCAGCAGCACCGCCCUCUGCCUCUGGAGAAUUGA